UGUGUGGUGAACACUAGUGUGUGUGUGAGCCGCCUCCUCCUCCUCCAGCAGCAGGACGACUCACGCCCUGCUGCAUCCUCUCCUCCUCCGCCUACAUUCAUCCAUCCACAGCCCCCGGCUCUUCAGGAAGGAAGACGAACCGAACCCCCUAGAAAAAAUGUCGUUUUAACAGCGGAGUGCUAAAAACCCAGAGGAGACAUGAAUCGCUCGCCUUCCUCCUGCCACCUGCUCCUCUUCCUCAUCUUCCUCUCCUCCCCCGCUUCCUCUGACAGGAGAUUCGGUUGCCUGUUUGAGAAUGAACUGUGUUCAGCAUACGAGAUCUGUGUCAACGAUGGGAUGUUUGGGAGGUGUCACUCUGUUCCAGUGAAGGACAUUUACACCUACGAUGUCUCCCCAUCUGUGGUGCAGCGUUUCAGGAUGCUGCUGGAGAAGCUGUCCAACAGAGGUUUGACCUGGGAAGAUGAUGCCACACAGCAGGUUCUGUCCAAGGAGUUGUCCAAACUGAGGAGAGUUCCUUUCAGGCCGCAGCAGAACAGACCUGCUUACGACACAGAGGGCAGGCCUGCAGCUGAGGCGAUGGACCCGGUGGACCAGAGAGUGAAGCCUGUGGAGGUGGAGCUGAGGAGGAACCUGCAGACGUACCUCCAGCGUCUCGGCCUCCUCCCCAUGAUGUCGUCUGCUGCCAGUAAGAACACUCCCGGCACGAGCGACACUUUCCAGUCUGGCCUCCCUGCCGACCUCCCUCGCUUAAAGGCCCAGACUUUGGCUCAGAAAUCGUCUCCUUCUAGCUUCUCUUCACUCUCAUCUCGCCAAUCUUUGGCGAGCCAUCUCCUCGCCACACAAUUUGACGGUAACCUUCUCCUGAGCGCCCUCAGGCAGUAUCUCUCUGGGCAUCUCCGCCCACUGCACGGCGAGGAGCAGGGGGUUCCCUCGUCACGCCCGAGGCCGCCCCACGGCAACGGAAUAGAAAACUCUGGGCUCAAAAAGGACACGUUGAAAACCAGGCUUCUGAAGAUGGGGAGAACACAAGGAGCUUCAGCCAAGGAUCUGCUCACGUCUGUGGACGAGAGGUUCAUUCAGAAGGUUUUGAAGAACGUCGGCAGGCAGCACGUGAACGUGGACAACCUAACGCCACAGGACCUGGAUCAACUGUCCAGCCUGAUAGCCGAUGCUCUGCAGGUGGUGGACCGGGACCGAGGACUAACCCGGGGCCCGACUCAGGCUAGGCCGGGACCUAGGGACCUGCAGGGGGCGCUACGGAGUGCAGAUGAAGAGGUGGAGGAACGAGAAGAAGAUGAUAAUGAAGGGAAGGUGAUAGAGAACGCUCCGACGCUAGAACCUCAGGGGAGCGCUGCGAUGGCGCCGGCAGCUCUUCAAGAACAUCACAUGGAAACUGAAGAGCAGAAUGUGAAGGACAUGGACGAUAGCGGGACGAACCUCCUCACCAAACUUCUUGCAUACUUGGACAAAACGUCUCCGUCGGUGCGGAACCUGAACUACGUUGCCAUGGAGACGACCGGGGGGCGACCGGCGGGUCAGGAGAAUGUGCAGAGUCGGACCAGCGAGGCCGGCGUGACGGUGCAGAAGAAGGACGCCACGCAGUCGGUGGAGGAAGUGUCGGAGGUGGAGGGCUGGAUCAAGGAGGUGGCGCCCCCUCCUGCUUCGCUUGUGUACGACAAGCCGCACCAGAAGACGAUACACAUUCCCGAACUCCAGUUGGACGUCAAAGACCACAGGAAGAAGGCUGACGAUGACGUCUUUGGCUACGUCAUCACCGACACAGAGCUCCAGACAGACGAAGGCCUCCACCUGAUGGAGGUCCUGGCUCACAGGGCCGGAAUCCAGAUGUCCGACUUUGCCAAACUCUCGGUGGUGGGCCCGGCUGUGACCUUCAAAGUGAGCCCGAACACUCACAACGUCAGCACCGCAGAUGUGGCCAACGUGGCAGUUCAACACAAAGUGGAUUUGGAGAAGGAGGCCAAGCUCAGCAUCCUGGAGGCCGGAGUCACAGAUGAAAGCCAGAUCAACCAGAUCCCGUCCAAGUUCAGUCAGGCCGAGUCCACCAAGUUCCUCAUCCUGACUGUCGUGUCCAUCCUGUGCAUCGUCGGCGUGCUGCUGGCCUCCACUACUGUCUACUGCCUCCGCCAUCGCUCCCACCACAAGCUCAAGGAGAAGCUCACCAACCUGGGAACAGACACCAGCGGUGAUGCUACUGCCACUUAUCAGGAACUGUGUCGUCAGCGUAUGGCGGUCAAACCUCCAGCCGAGCGUCCAGAACCCAUCUCGUCCAGGAUCAACAGCGUGUCGUCACAGUUCAGCGACGGCGGCGGUGGCGCAGCCGUCAGUCCGUCUGCGCGGAGCAGCAUCUCCUCCUGGAGCGAGGAGCCCGUCCACUCCAGCAUGGACAUCUCCACCGGUCACAUGAUACUGUCCUACAUGGAGGACCACCUGAAGAACAAGGACCGCCUGGAGAAGGAGUGGGAGGCGCUGUGUGCGUAUCAGGCGGAACCAAACGCCUCCACCAUCGGCCUGAAGGACGGCAACGUUAAGAAGAACCGCUCUGCUGCUGUGGUGGCAUACGAUCACUCCAGGAUCACUUUGAAGGUGGAGAGCAGCCACGGGAACUCUGACUACAUCAAUGCCAGCCCCAUCAUGGAUCACGAUCCCAGGAACCCGGCGUACAUCGCAACCCAAGGCCCUCUGCCCUCCACGGUGGCUGAUUUCUGGCAGAUGGUGUGGGAGAACGGCUGCGUGGUCAUCGUCAUGCUGACGCCUCUCGUCGAGAGCGGCGUGAAGCAGUGCUACCAUUACUGGCCAGACGAGGGCUCCAACCUGUACCACAUCUACGAGGUCAACCUCGUGUCUGAACACAUCUGGUGUGACGACUUCCUGGUCCGUAGCUUCUACCUGAAGAACAUGCAGACCAACGAGACGCGCACCGUGACUCAGUUCCACUUCCUGACUUGGCUCAACCAGAACGUUCCGGAGACCAGCCGGACGCUCCUCGACUUCCGCAGGAAAGUUAAUAAGUGCUACCGCGGACGCUCGUGUCCAAUCAUUGUCCACUGCAGCGACGGCUCAGGCAGAACUGGAACCUAUGUCCUGGUCGACAUGGUCCUCAACAAGAUGGCUAAAGGUGCCAAGGAGAUUGAUAUUGCCGCAACUCUGGAGCAUCUGCGGGACCAGAGGCCGGGAAUGGUUCAGAACAAGGAUCAGUUUGAGUUUGCGCUGACAGCCGUUGCUGAGGAAGUGAAUGCCAUAUUGAAAUCGCUUCCACAGUAGUACGGAGCGCCAUUUUCUCACGUCCGUUUCUCAAGUGCUCCUGUUCUCUGUUACUGCUUCCUCCUCCAUCCCGUCCUCUCCCGUCCUCUCUCUUCUCUCACCGUCUUGUUUUUGUCCUCUGUUCUUUCCAUUCAGUGCACUCCUGUUUUUCUCGGAACUCGUAACUUGGUAGUGGGAAGGACGCUACGCACGAGUCAUGGCCGUCAAGGUUUCUUCAAAACUUAAAAAAAAGGAUGCUUUUUUAUUUUUGGUUAAUGUUAGCGUUGUAGCCAACUAGCAGGCUAAUGUAGCACAUUUAAUCACAAAAACAUCAUCAAAGAGAGCGCAGCACUGUGUGUGUACGACUUUGUAUUUUGGACACGAAUGAGAAAAGUAAUUUACUAACUUAAGCUAAGAGCAGCCAUUUUGACUUUUGAACUUGAGGCUUGAAGUGUUGGAAAAAGCAGAUGAAUCGGAAUAUUAGCUUUAAACCUGUGAUGCCACUCACAGUACAGAAGAGUAUUAGAGCCACAUCAUCAACAUCAUGAAUUCUGAGAUUAACGUCAAACUUCCACUAUUUCGUCGCCAUUCAACGAUGGAUGAAAGAAAAAAUAUUUAAUUACUUCUCAGAGUCAAAUAGAGUUAAUAUUUCAUAUUCUUAGUUCAGACAUUUACUCAGAUAGUAUGGAAAGAUGUUUUCUAGUAAAGUAGGAAUUUACGACGUCCGUGUACAAACUGGAAUGCACAAAUACUACAUUUCAUUUUUCAUCUCCUUCUCCUGCUCAUCUGUCCGUCUUACGCCAGGAAACCGUUGAAUCAGUUGUGUGCGUACGUAGAACUUCCCGCUAUCGUAAACUGUCCGUGCCGCCCGUUCUCAAGAGUGAAUUUCACUGUAUUUAAUUGAUAAACUGAUAACUGUGUGUUCAAGUGUCUUAAUUAUCGUUUGUGUUCAUUAGAUUAGUGUCAACCUGUCGCGCAUCAGUUGGGGAGAAAAAACCAAGAUCGUCAGUUUGGAUCGUGAUCUGCUUUUGUGUCGAUAAACAAUUUGAAAAAUUUUACCUGUAGGAUGACACGGCACUGGUUUCCCGGCGUAUUUUAAGAAAAAUAAACAAGAUGCUAAUACUGGAAAUGAGCUAAAAUGUCAUAGUUGUGAUUUUAUUUUUUAGGGCACAAGCACGAAUCCUGGCACAAAUUUGUGCGAGGAACCUAUCGUUUUCCUUCGGAUUAUUAUUACAGGUCCGGCCAAAAUGCGAUAUUACCAUAGUGCCCGUGCAUUGCCACCAAAUUUCCCAAAACUUGGUGUGAAGAUGUUAUCAAUCCAGACGUAUAAAAACUUCAACUCAACAGGAAGUCGGCCUUUUUGAAUUUUGGCGUCCAAUGAGCGAACUCGUCCAAGCGCGUUUGUCGAACCAACAUAAAAAAACAAACGUGUCAGGUUGUCCGGUUUUUUUUCUUCUUCUUGGGUGUACUCUUUUUUUUAGCAUAGCCUAGCCGUAGCAAUAUAUGUGUGUGUUUCUUCGACAUGAAUCGUGGACAACCGAUAUUGUGGCUCAUCAGUGAAGCGACACUAAUGUCUGCCUUAACAGAAAACACUAUUAGACGAUGUCGUAAAUGUGUCUGUCGACCGGGAAACAAGGCUUUUUCUGCAACAAAAAUCCGCCGUCGGAAUGGAGUCGUUUGUGAAAUAAAAGCCGCCCUGACUAGUACUUCUGUGAUAAAGAUGCUAGUUUUGUUUUGUUUUUUUUAAACUGCACUUCUUCUACGUAGCAUAAAUGGACGAUGUGUACGGACUCUGUAUCUGAAACUUAAUUGUGCUGAACAUGUUUUUUUGCGAUGGUUUUCCCAAAGGCAUCUUUUUACUCGCUGUUUUCUUGAACACUGAAAACUCAAAUACUGAAUUUGACUGUUGAGUUUCUGGUUCAUAUUCACUGCAUAUAUCAUUAAAAAUAACAAAAUACUGCACGGCUUAUGGCAAAUUUCAAAAGUGAUAAUAAUUAUUUUUUGAAAAUUUGAUGUUAACUUGAUGAACUUUGCAGUGUAAUAAAAAUAAUAAUAAUUAUAAUAAAACAUUUAUUUUACCUGGAUUAAAACAGAUUAAAAUGUAGGUUAUAUAGAGGUUAAAAUAGUGGUUUAUUUUUUGGACAAAAAAUAAUACAUUUUAAACAUUUAUAACAUUUGACAUGACAUUUAAUGCUAACAGAGAGAAGGUUGGGUUUAUGACGUGUAAUACAGCCAGUCACCAGGGGGCGAGAGUGAAGAUUUGAGUUCUUUUUUUCUUUUUCUUUUUUUUUUUAAACCUACGUUUGCGACCAAUUUGUGCGUCCGACACAAUACAAUCUGCCGUUACCGCUAUCACUCCGAUUUAGUCUCUUUUACAACUUUUUACCACGUACAAUUAGGGUUAGAUUCGAGAUUGCGAACCUCUCUCUUUACAGCACGUUUGCUUGUUUUCAAUGAAGUACUCACGUCAUUCCUGCACAGAUACGCCAGUUUGUUCAGGAUGAAUUUGGGAAAACUUGUGUUUUGUGUGGAAAUCCAACGUUUCCUCUCAACGCUUUUGCCGAUAAGUGGAUUAUACAUUUUUAAAUAUCUAAUCCGUCAAAUUCUGAUUUUUGAUCGUCCAGUGGUAAUCCAAUAAUACUGACUUUCAGAGAUUAUGCUACUACUGCAUGGCUGUUUGUUUGACAAGCAAAUACAUUUUAUCUCUUCACUUUUAGUUUCUUUAAUGCACAGGAAGCAGAGUGCAAAAGCCAAGGAUUAUAAUAAUUAUUGUUAUUAUUAUUAUUAUUAUUAUUAUUAUUAUUAUUAAUAAAGUUAUUAUUAUUGUGUUGAUUGGCAGUGAAGUAGGUCGGAAAGGUGUUGCAGCUUUGACGUGUUGCAACACUGCUGUAGAAACUAUUUUUUUGAGUGUGUCUUUGAUUUUCUACCUUUGUGUUUUUGUUGCAUUGAGGAUCUAAAGGUAAUUUGCUUUCCCCCGCGAACGCUGUUCUUUCUACUUUAACAUAAUUUUUUCAUCCAGUGUCACAUGAACUCUGUACAUAAAGCCAAACAGAAACAACAGAAGAUAUUUUUGUUCUAUUGGUGUAAACAUAUUGUGAAUAAAGUCUCAUUGUUGAUUGGA